GCUCAGUGUAUAUGUGAUUUUGUCCUCGAGUUGAAAGAUGUGUUAUGUUAGUAACUAGGCUACUAAGUUAACUAAUGCUAACUAACACUAGUUAGUGAAACAUGUCAAGUAAUGUGUUAGUUCGAAAUGCCAUUUUGAAGAUAGCGUUGAGACAAUGAUUGGUUUGCCAUUACUACUACAAUGAAUGAAUGAAUGAAUGAAUGAAUGACGCUCCAGCUAUGUGCUAACAUUUCGUAGCUAGCUGGUACUCCCCUACCCGGUCUUGUCGACUACUACAGCUUCAUGCGGUUGGUUGAUGAUGAGCAGCACACGGAGAACAUAAAACACACUAAUUAAAUGUCACCAUUUAGCUUAUGAAAUCUGCACUUCGACGAAGCAAUACAACAGAACCACUUGCAACUGGACAAGGAUAUUUAUGAGAUACACUUUCCUUCUAAAUCGAGAACAAGGAAAAUAUCGCUAAGACCAGGCUGGAUGAGUGGGGCAACCUUCCCCUCUUCCUCUUCGGAAGAGGCAGAGAUGAAUCGGAUCCACUAUGAGCUGGAGUACACCGAGGGUAUCAGCCAGCGCAUGCGCAUCCCCGACACACUCAAAGUGGCCCCCGAAAACCAACAUGGGCUGCUGUCUCAGCCCCUGGCCCCCCACAUGAUGCAUGUACCAGAGAGGAUUGUGAUAGCAGGGGACGAUGGGGACUCCCGUUACUCCCGGCCCAGAGACCUAGACCUGAUCCAGUCCACUCCUCCUGUGGAUUUACUGGACAUGAAGGCGCCACCACGAGUCCUCACCCUCAAUGAACAUUCCCUGGACUCCCUGGAGACGGACCAGGCUCCCACACCACAGGCCCACGCCAACCAGGGGGUCCACUCUCGGUCGCUGAGGGAGCGCACUGUGAGCGAUACCACCAGCAUCCGCCAGAGCGGCCCGGCCAACAGAACCCACGUAAGUGUAACCCUGUCCCCCGUCGCCCCCCCUCUCCGUGCCUGUCCUCCACUGUGUACCCCUGAGGACGUGGUGAACCUACAGUACAGUGCUGGAGGGUUGUUGUCCUAUAUCCAAUGCACCACGCGCCGGGCCUACCAGCAGGUCCUGGAGGUCCUGGAGGUCGACAUCCACCGCAGGGCUGGUCACUUGACCCUCGACAUGGACAUGACCCCUGACGAUUCAGGCUUAGUGGACGCCUCGUCAUUACGGCGACAGAUUGUGAAGCUGAACCGACGUCUCCAGCUACUGGAGGAGGAGAACAAGGAGCGCUCCAAGCGAGAGGUGAUUCUCUACUCCGCCACCGUGGCGUUCUGGCUCAUCAAUACCUGGAUCUGGUUCCGACGUUAGAACCGCACGGAACCCAAUGACCAGGUCCUACACUGUCAUUUAAGCAGAAAUAUCUCAAUUCUAUCUACAGAUUUUAACACCAGAUAAUGUGAUGUAAUCAAAACAAUGUUUUUAUCUAAUAUACUGGGAGUUACCGGUUAGGGACUGUUUGGUGUAGCACAGAACAUUUCAGACCAACCUUAGUUUGGCGAUACUGCCCUCGCCCUCUAUUUGUAGAAACAGGAGUCUCAUAAAAUGUCCUUGUCCAGGGUGCAAGGGGGUCCAUUACAUUUUAAAAUUAAAAUGCUCUGUUAUUAAAAGAAAUACUUUUUUUGAUCCGUGAAGUAAUCCAACAAUGUGUACACCGCCAUCUUGUAUAUUUCAAGUCUUCUCACAUAGAUCGAGACAGGUGUCUGUCCUCACUUUGGGGUGGACCCACCUGUCUGGAGCAAAACUAAAUUGGAGGGGUGUAAAUUGGGGGGUUGUGUAUCUAAGACAACUCCGACUGCCUAAUCUGUUGGUUAAAAAUAUGCCUUGGAUGUCCCCAUCAAUCCAGAUUGCUUGAACCAGUGAAGCUGAGGAAAUGACAAGGAUACAGGCAAAGGAAAUCAGUGUUGAGAUUUCCCCAAAUGGAAGCAUUUAGUUGCACGUCCUGUGUGAAGGGAUUCAUACCAUUACUCCAUUUUAUGGUGUGGAUUGACUAUUUAUUUCUCUCCUACCUCAAUGUUAGCAAGAAGUGGAGCAUGAGUUUAAAUGUCUAUUCAUUAUCAUCCAAUGAAGUCUUUAGCACUGUAUGACAUAAUUGUGGAAAAAAUUGUUUGAACUCAUAUUUUUCAAGAAUAAAUAUGUAUGUAUCUUGUGGAAUAUAUGAGCUAAGAAACAUUGCGACAAAUGUGAUUCUGUUCUGUAUUUAUCAGGCGCUGUUUUUGCUGCACGAAACUGGCAUCUUUAGUUGAAAAACAGUUUUUAUUUUCUUUAGUUGAACAUGUAUUUGUGGAUUUAUUUAUCUAUUUUCUUGUAAUAUCAAUGGAUUGUUUGUAAAUAUUUGACUGUAAUAAAUGAUGUGUGGUUUGAAAAGGAUGAUCUGUUGUUCUCUACCCUCUGCCCCCUAUUGGUAGAUUAGUGUAAAAACAAACAAACAAACAAACAAAAAAGGUUUCAGACACAACUGUGUAUCAAGUUGUUGGCAUUAUAACUAAGAGUCAGACGAGCACAAUGGUAUUACAAAACUGACUGAUUUGUUGCGCAGCAACGCACCUGGUGCCAUUUCGUACACAGAGAUCUGUGAUUACACGGGUAAUUUGCGUUGGACACCUGAACCAGUUCCUCACUGCAGUACCCAAUCUUCAUCUUCAGUACCCUAGCUGGAGAAGAGCACACAGGCUGCAGGCUAGAGCUCUCCCAGUCGUUCAGGAACAGUGUGUCCUCAGACAUGUGAGCUCCUGAAGCUUAUGGGUGUGUCCAUCAUCCAGUGAAGUAAUUGAAUACUCUCCACCCAAGCUGUUAGACAAUCUGAAGAUUACACAUGGAGGCUGUGACUACUGCGAUAAGAUUGCAGGCCUUGGCCCCAAGAGAGCGCUGACUCUGAUCCAGCAGCACCGGACUAUAGAGAACGUAGUACAUCAACAGAAAGAACCACCCUGUCCCACUGUUCUGGCAGUACCAGGACGCCACCCUGACCGAGCCCCCUGACCUGGACUGAGCCGGAUGAGGCCCUGGUCCGGUUUCUGUACCAUCAUAAACACAUCAAAGAGUACAGGGGACGCGGUCGAAUGGCAAAAUUCCGUGAGUGGAGAGGGAGGGCGACAAGGCAGCAGGAUGGAGCUGAUAAAACUCGCAUGGAAGAAUUCUUCCUCGUUACGCGGAAAAGCCAGCAGCCGGCUGAAUCUAUCUUCCAUCGCAGCCAAAGGAAACAGAGUGAGUCCAAGUGACACUGUCCUCAGACGGUGCCUGGCGGUACUGCAAAUGCAUCCUGACUAACCAGGGGCUUGUUCGCCGAUUCUGUUACAAAACAUUUCAUAAACAAAAGCAAACGGAAUUAAAUGGGGAAGGACAUAACUUAAUUUGUCCAAUAGAAAUGAUCGUUUUGCAACUGUUUGGAUUAAUGAUUCCACCCCAGCUGUCUGACAGUGAAGAGGAUGCCCUAGACUGUUACCAUGGUUACUCCAGUCAUAAAAAAAAGACGCAUAGUCUACAAGGAAGAAUGUUGAAUAAAAUGAUAUUUACACUUUA